UACUUCAUGUACCCGUUCUUUACUUCUUUUCUAUGGUGGAUGUAUUGAUGGACAGCACACUGAGCAAUCAGAAACCCCGCGUGUCUCUCGACACACCUACUUUUGUGUCCAAUGAGAGGAGGAGGAAGACGAUGGUGGUGAUGAAGAAGACCAGUGAGCCAAUAAUAAAACCAUCUGGAUUCUGCUCUGCACAGGACAAAGGUGUGGCACUAAGAAGGAGUAAUUAAAGGCUUAAUUAAUCAAUCAAAAAGAGGAAGUUGUGAACGAGAGUCGGGAUGAGCAGAGAAGGAGACAAGAGCGCAAAGAAUGCGCUCCGGAGCCAGAAACUACCCAGGACGCACCAGCAGAGUGUCAUCCAGAAGAAGAAGAAAGAAGCGUCUUCUAAAGAUGCUCAUGGUGUCUUUCAUUCAAAGGAGACACAGUCAGGUCAGUGCGACUCCGGGAAGGAGGUGAAAACAGCGGCACUGCUGGGAAAACGUCCGGGAAAACCCUCAUCAAAUGUCCCCGUAGAGUGCCAGAGGAGCCCCGGCGCGCAGAGGAAACUGUCCGAUGCCAGCAACGCUUCAGAGGACCUGAGCAAAGACUCCGGCUGCCUGUCUGGGAAACUCUCCUCCUCAGACAGCAGCUCAGAAAUAUCCGACUGCCCCUCCGACGGCAACAAGCAGGACUCUCCAAGCAGCGACAAUGAAUUAAGCUGGACAGACGGCAGAGCUUAUGUGAGCCCGGACAGAGAGGAGAAAGACGACGGCAAAUUGUGCGCAAAAGCAGCGACGGAUCCCUGCGCUCUGCACCCCGAUGCUGCCGGAGGGGGUCCCAGUUUGUUUAACUCUUCAGGAGCAUUUAUGGAUCUUAUGAUGGGAGAAACAACCGAGGACCUCGCCAGGGAGGUGGAAGACCUGAGAUCAGAGAACGAGUAUUUGAAAGAUGAGGUGGAGGAGCUGCGCUGUGAGAUGCUGGAGAUGCGUGACAUGUUCCAGGAGGAGGAGGUGUACCAGCUGCAGGAGCUGCGGCUGCAGCUGGAGCAGGCCAACAAGACCUGCCGCAUCCUGCACUACCGCCUCCGCAAGGCAGAGCGCCGCAGCAUUCGAGUAGCUCAGACGGGACAGGUGGACGGGGAACUAGUCAGGACACUGGAGCACGAUAUCAAGGUUGCAAAGAGUGUUUCCCUGCGGCUGUACAAUGAGCUGGAGGCUGUGCAGAAGAAGAAUUCCCAGUUGGAGUGGGAAAACGAGGCGUUACGUGAGAAGACGCAGGAAAUGGAAGUGGCAAAGCAGGUCCUGCAGGCUGAGGUGGAGAAAGCAAGAGAGAGCUCUGUGAAGAAGAAAAGCAUCAGAUCAACAGCCAGUAAGGCUGAGAGGAGGCUCUCUCAACAGAUUGAGGAUGACAGCGCCGAUCUCAAGUGCCAACUCCACUUUGCCAAAGAGGAAUUAGCUCUCAUGUGCAAGAAGCUCACAAAGUUGGUGUCAGAGAGUGAAGGCAUGCACGAGCGGCUGGCCAAAUACCACUCAGCUUACGGCGACAUAGAUGCCGCCCAAUCACCUGAAGGCAAACAAAACUCCAACCACGCCAGGGAUGCAGAAGUCAAAGUUCACUUGAAACUGGUUGAGGAGGAGGCCACGCUCCUGAGCCGGCGCAUCGUAGAACUGGAGGUGGAAAACCGUGGACUGCGAGCAGAAAUGAGCGACCUGAGAGAGAAAAUAGGAGGAGGAGGGGAAGAGGAAGAAGAAGAUAAUCGGGAUGUGUUGGAGGAAAAUCUGUCAACUUCUACGCCAGUGAAGGACAGAAAGGGAAGGGAACAAAGUUUGAAAAUGGACGAGGAAGCAGCUAAAGGUAAAAGUGCAGAGGAGACAUCUUUGCUUUGCAGCCAAUCACAGGCUGAAGGGAUGAUCACCACUUGUCAUAUUACUCGAGAAGGUCCUGUAGGUGGUGAGUGGGACCCUUCAGACAGUCAUGAGAGUGAUAACAACAAAAACCUUGACAGUGGACUCAAAGGAAUGACUCUGAAAGACUACGAAAGUCUUCUCACUCUCAGAGAUCACUCCUGCAUUUUGAGUUCAGCCAUCCAGCUCCUGAUGACACCACCCAAAAAUGGCCAUUGCUCAUCUCCCUCAUGUGCUUUUGUCUCUCCGACAGAUGUGGACUCAAAGGGUAAAGCACAGGCGAUUUUCCUACCUGGGCCUUUAAAUGAGGCAUUAGAGCUUCUACAGGCCAUGCUGUUGGCUUUCAUUGGGAGGGUGGAGACGCUUCUAACAGGAGAAGAUUUAGGCAAACUCUCCCUUAGCAAGGAAGGACACGUUUGGGAUACAUUCUCCUCUCUCUGUGGAGAAAGUCCAGAUUAUGACAUGGAUCAAGAGUCACCAAGUAAGCGGGAGUGUGUUGAAGAUCUCCGCACAACAGAAGUUAAAGAGAGAGCAAAACAAGUGACACAACAACCUUCCUUCCAGUGGGACCUAAUCCACAGCUGCAGGGACCCGAAAAUGAAACUUUCCCUGCAGAUUCUGUGGAUCCUUCAUCAGUGGUGUCAAGUUAAAGGACCCGGCCUGCAGGGAAAAGAGGGUAGAGACAAAACCGUGUCUGUGUUGCGGGGUUUGUUGCUGAACCUCGGUGCAGAGCUUCAGGAUGAGUGGAUCACAUUCGAUAGUGAGGCCAAGGCCCUGCAGGGCAAAGCAGCUGAGAGUGCUGUCAGUGGUAUCUUUCAAGAUGAUCAUCAGUCUGAAGCUGACAGAAUGUGCAGCUCAAAAGGAAAGAGACUGAGGCGACAGUUUUCUCCAUAUGACUCCAAGAAGAAGAACUGGUGCUAUCUGAACCAGGAAGCUGCCCAGCUGGACCGAGAGGACCCUGUUAAGACGUGGGACCAUCUAAUCAUGCCGCUGAGCUUCCCUGAUCUUGACUUUGAGCAGAUGUCCAUGGAAAGAAGCCACACUGCCCCAGAGAAAUCUACCGUCCGCAUCUACUACAGCCCCCCCUCAGCUCGCAGAGUCCAGCUGGCUCAGCUGAAGCAAAGCCCCGUCGCAGACGCAGAAUCUGUCGACACGUCCUCUCCUUGGUGCACGCCGCCGACCUCCUUUUCUCCUCUUUGUCUGGGCUCCUCUACUAACCUGAGCGAUGACAUGAAGGAAAUGACGGCCAGCUGGAGGCAGACAGUUCACGGCAGUUCACAGGUGAAGAGAGGGAGAUUAUUGGGGCGGUGGGUGGACGUGGCCUGCUCAGGCACUCAGACCCACAUGAAGCCGCAGAUGGUGAGUGUCGGUCUGCAGACAGAUGGACCGGUCAAUGUGAGAAACAGCCCUUCCCGGGUCCUGAACUCCUCUUUGGUCUCUGCCCGAACUCACCACAUCUCCACCUCACUGGACAGAGUAACAGGCAGAGGCGAGAGGACCAGAUCAUCCACCUCCUCGCCUAAAUUGUACCGAAGACACUCUGCAUCCGGUGCAUCCUCUGUCCCCUCAUCCACCAAUUUGAGCUCCUCCUCAUCUGCGUCCACUUCAAGAGAUCGAGCACUGUGGAACCUGUCUCACCAAAGCCAAUCUGGCCUCACAUGGACCCGCCAAACCGGUCACAGAGCAGCUGCAGGACAGAACCACAGCUCUCUAAGCAGUGAGCUUUCAGGCCGGAGUGCCAAGCCCCCCAGCAAAUCUGCAGGCGCCAACCGUUACGGUUUGGUCACAGAGUUCCUGCGCAGGGUGAGCGGCCGGACGGCAGAGAAACCGGUACCGGUGGCGGGGCAGAAGAUGAAGAGCAGCGUGAAGAGUCUGGAACGUGUUCCAACAAGGCCUCCGGCCGCCACGCUGCACAGGAACGACAGCGUGACCAGGAUCGUCAACCAGAGGUUCAUGAAGCAGAGAGAGGAGGCCAGUCGAGCCCAGAGAGAGGAGAAAGGGAGCAGCCUGAACCACGGUGUCAGACACAGCAACAGCACCAUCACAGCUGAGGACGGAAACUAUGACUGCAGCUCCAGCAGCACCCUGACCUUCUGCUUCGCUCGUCCGUCUCGCUCCACCCAGAGACAGGCGUCAAACCAGAGCAAACUACAACGACACAGAUACUCGCCUCCAGUGAGCGCGGCUGCAGACUCCAACCGUGAGUGAACUGGAGGAGGAACAGCAGCUAUACUGACACCAUCCAACAGCUGAGAGUCACGGGACCGCCAUUUAAAAUGUAACCCUUAAAUGUAAACCCUGCUUAACUGCAGGAUGGUGAACUGGGAGAGAUGUUAGACUAUGUAUGGGAUGUUUAGGAGAGUUAUUUUUUCUUUUGGUGCAAUUCAUAACACUCCUUUUGCUUAAUCCUUAUAUUAAUUACUAGAAACUACAAUUUUGCAAAUGUUGGAUAUUCAUUCAUACAUAAAAAAUUUAAAACUAAAACAGACUUUUGCACUUAUAUUGUGAUGUAAUUUUAUAUAAUCUUUAUGGUAUUUUGUA